CACUCCUCGUGCUCGUCUGGAGCUCGAGAAGGACAGCCAUUCCCGGUGACUCCUCGCGGUUGAUGCCGCCGCUUAUCUCCGUGGAACCGACGGCUGCUGCGUCGCUCUCCGGGAGACGUAACCCGGCCGGUUUUUAAUGAAGCCAGCGCCCUUAAACGGGGCUCGCGCGCUGCUCUUGGUUGGGUGAUGAGGUUCCGCCGCUGCUCGCUGCUCUGCGGUAGGAGGAUGGCACUGCGCUGGACCGUGUGUCCGUGUGAGUCCUCGGUGGCCUAUUAAGAUUUCAAUUAGCCGACACCGUAGCAUCGCUUCAGGACGCUGUGGCGUGGGAACUACGGGGAAACGCAGCGCACCGACGAUGGAGGCGCACACACGGGUCAUUAUGCUGAAGAAGUGGCAUAGAGCAUAAAGAAAAAGGUUUGAAGAACUCUGAUCAGAUUGGCUGUGCGGCCCUCCAGAAGGACGGUCAGGUGACAGCGCUGAGGAGAAGGACUAUCUGCGCAAUUUGGACAUCCUUCUGACACACGCCAUUAUCUUAAUCCCCCUCUACUGCUACUACCAUGUCGACGGCAAGCGGAAGCCCAGAAAGAGAGGGUUCUGGUGGGGCUCCUUCCCAGCUGGACUGCCCCUCUUCACCUGGCAUGGACCCAGACCCUUUGUCAACAGGAAGCCCAGUGCUGAGUCCAGACUCAUCCUCCCAUGAUGCAGUGCUGUCAGCACCGGCAGUCUCACCAGCCGACUCGGAGAACCUCAGUCCAGACGAGUUGGAACUACUGGCCAAACUGGAGGAGCAGAACAGGUUGCUGGAGGCCGACUCCAAGUCCAUGCGCUCGAUGACUGGGUCCAGGCGAAACAGCGGUUCCUCGCUGGUGUCAAGCUCCUCGGCCUCCUCUAACCUGUCACACCUUGAGGAGGAUACCUGGAUCCUCUGGGGCCGCAUUGUCAAUGAAUGGGAGGAGUGGAGACGCAAGAAAGACAAGCUUUUAAAGGAGUUGAUCAGGAAAGGUAUCCCCCAUCACUUCCGUGCCAUCGUCUGGCAGCUGCUGGGAAAUGCUACCGACAUGCCGGUGAAGAACCAGUACUCCGAGCUGCUGAAAAUGUCGUCACCGUGCGAGAAACUCAUCCGCCGAGACAUCGCACGCACCUACCCCGAGCACGAGUUCUUCAAAGGACAGGACAGCCUCGGACAGGAAGUGCUUUUCAAUGUCAUGAAGGCUUAUUCCUUGGUGGAUCGAGAAGUGGGCUACUGCCAAGGGAGUGCAUUUAUCGUUGGGCUUCUCCUCAUGCAGAUGCCUGAAGAAGAGGCGUUCUGCGUGUUUGUCCGGCUGAUGCAGGAGUACCGUCUGAGGGAGCUCUUUAAACCCAGCAUGGCAGAACUGGGUCUCUGCAUCUAUCAGUUUGAAUAUCUGCUUCAGGAGCAACUCCCUGAACUCAAUGUCCAUUUCCGGUCUCAAAGUUUCCAUACGUCCAUGUACGCCUCCUCGUGGUUCCUCACGCUCUUCCUCACCUUCCUCCCGCUGCCCGUUGCAACACGCAUCUUUGACAUAUUUAUGUAUGAGGGCUUAGAGAUUAUCUUCCGUGUGGGCCUGGCCAUCCUGCAGUACAACCAGACGGACCUCAUUCAGCUGGACAUGGAGGGCAUGUCGCAGCAUUUCCAGAAGGUGAUUCCCCACCAGUUUGACAGCUGCCCAGACAAGCUGAUCCUCAGAGCCUAUCAGGUCAAAUACAACCCCAAGAGGAUGAAAAAGCUGGAGAAGGAAUACACUACAAUCAAGAACAAAGAAAUGGAAGAGCAAAUCGAGAUAAAGAGGUUACGUACAGAAAACAGGCUGCUGAAACAGAGGAUUGAGACGUUAGAGAAGGAGAGCGCUGCUCUGGCAGACAGACUCAUACAGGGUCAGGUGACCAGAGCACAAGAAGCAGAGGAGAACUACGUGAUCAAGCGCGAGCUGGCAGUGGUGAGGCAGCAGUGCAACACUGCCAGCGAGAGCCUGGAGAAAGCACAGGACACCAUCAAAGAGCUGCAGCAACAGAAGUACACAGAGCCGUUUGUAAACAACCUGCAGACGCAGCUGGAGCAGUCCAGGCUGCACGAGGCCGAGCUUGUGGGGGCCCUGAAGGAGAUGCAGGACAAGGUCCUCGAUCUGGAGAAGAGGAGCAGCUGUUUACCUGAUGAAAACAACAUGGCGGCUCUGCAGGAGGAGGUGAAGCAGAUGAAGCUGAGAGAGUUGGAGACGCUGCGCUUAUUUAGAGAGAUGCAGGACUCUGUCACUGAGCUCAACCAGCGCUGGCAGCAGCAUCAAGCGGCCCGUGUCGGUGGUGGCAGCGGAGGUCACUGGAAGGAAUCUCCGAAGAAGAACUCCAUGAAUGAGCUGCAGGACAAGCUGAUGGCAGUGCGACUGAGGGAGGCGCAGGCCCAGGCUGAGCUCCGCGAGGUCAACCUGAAGGUCCUCCAGCUGGAGAGUCAGAACCAGAUCCACAGCAAGCUGAUCGGUCGUCACGAGCAAGAGCGCUCCGCCCUCCAGGAUCGCCUCCAGAUGCUGGCUAAUCAGAACAAAUCCCUUCAAGCUCAGCUGAGCGAGAUGAAACGGAAACAAGCGGAGUCUGACUGCAAGAGUAAAGAAGAAGUCAUGGCGGUGCGACUGAGAGAAGCAGACAGUAUGGCCGCCAUGGCAGAACUCAGACAGAAGAUUGCUGAACUGGAGAUACAGAAGGAGGAAGGGCUGAUCCAGGGACAGCUCAACCACUCCGACUCCAGACAGUACAUCAGUCGGCUGCGGGAUCAAAUAGUGGAGCUGAAGAACGAGAUCCGGCAGCUGCGAGGGCAGAAGGCGACUCCAGGCUCCAGACUCGGCAGCGCAGGCGACACCACCAACUACUCGGACCUGUGUCUGGCGAGCCCCGCCUCUGCAGACGUGGACUACCUGAGCUCCGAUGAGGACCUGCUGCACAGCCCCUUGCCAACCAACGCUCUGUACCCCGGCCUCUCCAGCACCUGCCACCCUCCGGCCCGGCUGGACAGCGAGGGGAGCACGGACAGCGAGGUGGAAGAGCAAGUGCUGAACCACUCGGACCCCCAGCAGCUGUACGGCAACAUGGUCUGUGCUGAGGACAACUGAGAGCGACCUCUUACUGUAAAUUGAACAGACACUGUGGCACAUAUCAGACUUGAUCACAGCAACUCAUGCCAUCCACAGAUCGACAUCCAAAACACUAACUGAACCAGAACCUGUGGCUUCGAGGAGACAAACUUUCGCCCUUUGACAUGGAACAUUGCUGACAGCUUCCCUUUUAUAGUCCGCCCCAACCAUUCUCAUGAUAAAAAGACAUAUCCAUCUUCACUGCCUUCAGUUCAAGGGUCAUGGCCUGGGGUCGGGAGGCCCGCACUCCUCAGUGCGUACAUGCGGAAGUUAUAACAUGGUGCUUGAUAGUGUGGUCAAACAUUUCACUGCAGAAAGAAACAACACUUGCCAAAUCUUUUUUUUUUUGUUUGUGUAUUUUAGAAUAAUUUAUACGUUGUUAUUUAUUUCCAGAUUUGGUUUAUUUUUUUAUACAUCGAUGUGAAGCUACACAUGAGUGUAGACGUAUUAACAGAGGCCAAACUUUGGUUUCCACUUUCCCAUGUGCCAAGAGCCUCCUCGCCGCUGAGUCGAGGAAACUGUGCUGCUACUCUUUUUCUUUCUGUGGCUUCGCAGGCAGAUAUGAGGCUACAAUAACUGUAAAUAGUCACCAUAUCUAUGGAGCUGCUCUUCAGUGAGAGUGUCGGCUUGACGUGGGGCACGAAUUUUGUUUGUCACUAUCAUCCAGAAGGAACUUCCUUUACAAGAGAGAGUUGGUUUACACGUACAAAAGUUCAAUGAAAGGGCCGUCGUUGAAGGAAUCAAACUAUUAAUACAGCAAUCUUAAUACAGGUAUUAAGUGCACGUCUUAAAUUUUCUGAUCGAAGAAUGUCCAAAACAAGAGGUCACUUGACUGUUUUAGUCAUUUUAAUGGCCAUUUUAUUGUCUUUUAUCAAGACAUGAGGCGAAGGUUUGCCUCUUCUUUCUUUUCAAGUACACGAUCUGCGAUCAUGAUAUCACUUAAGAGUUGUUUUAAAAUGAAAGCAAAAGUUAGGCUGCAUCAAUGCAAUAAACAGGAGCAGCGGUGCGACCAGGGAAUAUGAAGGACGUGUGUUUGCAAGAGAUUUUAGUGGCUUCAUGUAGCACAGACCUGAGCAGCAGCACAUGAUUCAUCACAGCUAACUGCUAUGAGUCAAGUUGUCUUGCAUCAAAAUGUGAUGGGCUUCAACGACACGCCUGCCUUCUUGUUUUUAAAAAAUAAAAACAGCCUGAAAAUUAUCGUGAUAGCAAGGUGAGCGAGCGAUGAAGACCUGAAGAGGUUUGAAGUCUGUUGAGUAUCUGACGUGUGGAAGAUGCAGGUUAUUGAAGUAUGGAUGAGUAGUGGGUUGGUUUCCCCUUUUUUCAAGUCAUUCCAUCGGUCUAUUUCCUCACUUGUGCCACAGAAGCUUGAGGACAAACUGCAGAAGGCUUGAAGAUGUCGAAGAAGGGCAUCUGUCUUUCUGAAUCCAACAGCAUGUGCCAUAAACAGUUUGGUUUUGUUGUUGCACUUUAUUCCAAGGUUCAUGUGUGUUCUGAACUCUUGACCUCCAGGGUUGAUUUCUGCUGUGUCCACAUCAGGUCACUGAAGUUCUGAUGUCUCGCCGUGUUUUGAUCAAUGGGUCGAAGUGUAUUGAUAUUUAUGGAGGUGGUUCACAGGACAGAACUUUGGUAGAGAUGCGUCCGGUGCGUGGAUCUAUUGCUCCUGUCUUCCUGUCCAUUCUCUCAACCUUAAACUGAAAGAUGAAUUGGAUCAGGAUCAUCUUGUCAGUGUUAUAUGGCGAAGUGUCUGGAAGGAACUUGAAGUAGUGGAUGUCAGGUCCAUCAUGUGACGGGCAAAUGUUCUGAGCCAGAAGACAAAGCUGUCUCUCGUUUUCAGUUCUUUUAUUUGACGGUUGGCAAGAAUAGAGUGUCACGAAUAAAAAAACAAAAUAUUUAUGGUUUUCCUUGAGUGGACUCAGAGAUCAUAGCAUGAGCUCAGUCAUCGGAGAGACUCCAGAGUGGCGCUGCUUCUCCCCGACGGGAUGUUACCUCUUCACCCUCACGUUUGCUAGGCAGGUCCAGAUAGAUGUGUGGGCUGAAAUGGGUCAUCUGACGGGGUUGUCAUCUGUUACUACUAUUUUGUUUGCACAGUAUUAAUCCUGUGUUUGUGGGCAGCCGUGUUGUCCCGAAGCGUCGCCCACUUCAUUUCUAGCUAAUCUUGUCUAUACAUAUAUAUAUAUAUAUCAAAGGACAGUAACAGUUAUGUACAUUAACAGUGAUGGAGAAAUGACAUCACAGUAUUCUCUAUCCUAUAAAUAAUACAAAAUAAACUUUUGGCAUUAAACUUUUGUGUAGUUCUGGUCGUGUUUACUUGAUGAUGUCACCCAUGGGAAAACAGCAGCAGCCGUGUCUGAUCUCACAGUACGAGUGAGUCCUCUGGUAAAACUGUCAACCCUGGAAUUUGAAUUUCUUGUUUAAAGUUAUUUGUCAUUUAAAGACCAGGUUACGAAGACAAAGAAGUGUAUUGCAACAGGAGGGGGAGGCCUCUGCAGUCUGAAGCU